AUGGAUCCUCUAAUUUUCACAGCACCUGCUCGUAUACGUAUCCUUCUUGUCCCAGUUCAUCCGAUUAAGGCUGCGACGUUUCAUCAAAAGGUUGAAUUAGUUAAAAAUUACACGAUCGUCAAGCUGGGGGACGUCCCCCCAGAUAUGCGUGGUGGUCAGUGUAGCUCACAGUUAUUUAAUGAAGGCCAGUUACAUUUAAAUUUUGUAACUUCUUACGAACCAGAACAUUCCUAUCUUGAGGAAUUUCAAAUGCAUCGUAGAAUUUUUGGGGUUAUUGGCAUUAUGGAUUGUUGUGAAUGGACAAAUUUGAACGAUGGAUAUAAAAAAUUUAUGGAUAUUUACAAGAAUUAUUCAUCAUCUGUUGCCUACCGAUGUUUUGCAUUCGAUCCUGCAGAAAAUCAACCUGAUGAUACCAAGGGACUGAUAAUGUUUCCUAAUGAUGGAAAAAUAGGAUUUUAUAUGAGCACCAUGAUUUCUGAUUUUACCAGCAAUAUUCUAACGGAGUUUGCAUCGAACGUAACUUCAACUAAUGGAUCUCUACCUCAAAAUGGUAGAUAUUCUUCUCCAACAAAUUCUUACUCAUCUCCUGAUCUCAAAUCAGUUCAAAUUUCCACAAUGCCACUCACGCCACCUUCGCAAGCCAUGACUACUGCUGGCUUGGGUGGUACAACUGCUGGUGUAAAUCUAAAAGAUAAUCCUCUCCAUGGUCGAUCUUUUUCUGCAUCGACUUUAGUGAACAUUCCAACAAUGAAAGCAAAUGGGGAUUUUUUAUGGCAUGGAGCUGCUUUAGAAGGAUUAUGUGUUGCUUUGGUGAUCUCUGCACAUUUAAAAACUGAUAUUGAGUCACAUAUUAUACAAUCUCCUCCAUCUCCGAAUCCAAACUCUCCAUCGAGUCCUUUGCCCGACACACCUAAACCUCUCUGGGCAGAUAUAACUGACAAAUAUGUUACAAUUCUUACUCUUUACGCAAAAACUUCACAUUCAUCCAAUAAUCAAGUGCCACAUAUAAUAUAUGCUGAAGCUUGUUUAAAGGUCGCUAAAAUGCUGGCCGGUAUAUGGGUUUCAGGUGGAUGGGGUGAUGAUGCUUUAGCACUAAUUGUUCAGGGUGGCCUUCCGGAGAAAGGUGCAAAAGAAAAAUGGGGUCUAAGUUCUGUUAGUGGGGUGUCAAAAGUUGAAGUCACUCAAUGGGCGAUGAAAGGUUAUGGACAAUAUGUUGAAGAUAUGUCAAUAGUUGAACAGAUUCAUAUAACUACUACAUUGUCUACUAUUUUUUCUAUAAUUAAUUUGCGCCGAAAACAUGCUUUUUUCCUUCGUCAAACAGCCUUGUUAAUUUUACCACUUCUUGCAAAGCCUCGUUCAAGUUAUCAAUCAGCACAAAAGCAGCAAACUGGAAGUGAUGCUGGCUUAUUGACAUGUUUAAAAAAGGUGUGUGAUGUGUAUGGUGUGGGUGAUGCUGUCGACAAUGAAGAUUUUUCUGCUGCGGUUGAAGAUGUGAGGCCCCUCACCUUUGGCUGGCCGGACCUUCAAAUUGACAUAUUGAAGGAUGCAUUAACAGUAUCUGAAGCUUUACCUGAUUAUCCAUCUGUUAUCAAAUAUACAACGAGGCUCUUACGUAAAUUAUUUAUGUAUUUGCCUAGAGAUGAACAACUUCGUUUAUCAAGCUCACUACCAAGGGUCGUUGGUGCCGGAAAAAAACAAGGACUAGACAUGGAAUUUAAAUAUUGGGGCUUAAACAUUGUUAGAGGUAUCCAAGUGUGUCGUCCUACACCACGAAGGAUACCAUAUCCGCGUCCUGGAAAAAAUGCCUUGUCCCGAGAAAAUGGUGAAAAAGAUCCAUUCCUUUAUCGACCUUCUUUUCAAGCAAAAGCUGAUACUGUUCAGACACAUCUUGUAGCAAGCGAGACCGCUUACUUUUUGGUCACAUUAGCAAAUCCUUUUGCAUUUGAUUUAGAUAUACAAAGUAUCUCUGUGAGUGCUGAUGGGGUAGGUUUCACGCCUAACCCGAUGUCUACCGUAAUCCCUGCUAAUACAUCAGUAACUUUACGCGUAUCAGGCACUCCAACUGAAGCUGGAGAUUUGGCUGUUAGAGGAUGUAAAAUAAAGUUUGAUUUUGACCAUUUAGAUAGCUCGCAUCCAGGAGCUCAUUCAAACUCUGAACAAAAACCCGAGUUUGUUGCAGAAUUUUUAAAGGUUCCUGUAAUUGUCGAACAACCAUUAAUUAAAAUUAAGUCUACUUCAUUGAUGCAUGGAGCUGUUAUGCUUUUUGAAGGAGAAAAGUAUGUAUUUAAAAAAGAUUCACCUUUUAAUCCUAAUUUAUCGUUCCAAGAUUCAACAAUCGAAAAUACACAAGCCAUCUUAAAAUCAUCCGAUAUUCCGGCUGAAGAAGCUUAUGAAAUGGAGUUGUUUGCUCACAAACAGCCCGUUUUCUCGUGGGAAAAGCCAGAUACACCAUUUAGCAUUUUACCUGCAGAGGAGUUUGUUAUCACUAUUAAACUUUUCGGAAAACGUGGAUGUGUUAGCGGCAUGGUACAAAUAGACUACGGAUAUAUUAAUAGGCCUAAUUAUAUUGAUUAUGAAACCUUCUAUACUAGACAAGUUUAUUAUCCAGUUCUUCUAACUAUUCAUCAAAAUCUUGAACCGGUUUCUAUGGAUAUACUAAACUUCAAGCCAUUAAAUGGUCCCGAUAAUUGUACCAACGCUGUUAACGGUACACAUGAAAUUCAACAUAAUAAAAUAGUUGAAGAUUUAAUUAAAUUAAUGCGAUGGAAUAGUGGUUCAAAAGAAGAUUUUAUGGUUAGAAUGGAAAAUAAUUAUUGCUUGUUAACAUUUGAUAUAAGAAAUUUAUGGCAUUCUGCAUUUAAUGUUACUAUUGAAUCUGAUGAAGGAGAGGAUAUUGAACCAUUAAGUAUCAUUACUACGAUCCAACCUUCUGCCACUGCACGUAUUAUAUUACCAAUUAGAAAGAUCGUGCUAUGUGAAAGAGAAUAUACACAACCAAUCCCUUCAUCAAAACAAUUUGUAGUAUCAAAGGGACCAAAAGGAACUGCUGAACAAGAAAAACUACAACUUGCAUUGUUUUGGUAUAGAGAGAGUUUGUUGAAAAAAGUAAAAGCUAUUUGGGAAUCUCCAUCUACCAAUCAAAGGGGGAUAGUCGAUAUAAGAACCCUAAGGCUAAACAAAUCUAUGUUAAGCGUCUUAAAAGUGAAUGAGGUUUCAUUUGGAAUUGAUAUUGAGAAGAUACCAGGAAUUGAAGCAAAAUCUUCAUUAACUUACACAUUACCCAUAUGUUUCUUUUCAAGAGGCGAUUUCAAAUUUUUAUACCAUUGUGAAGAUGUUAAUACUAGAACAAUGUACUUUGAUACACAACCUUUAGUUGUUGAAGUUGUUGAUAAAUAA